AUGGCUAUGCUAGAUAUGAUGCCAAGCUCUUGGUGUUGUGUUUAUUCCACCGCCGACUCUCGAUUGGUCCAGCGUAUAUCGAGGCGCCCGUACUCUGUACAUCAGAGCAAAAUCUCAUCAACGAUUACUGGACUAUACGGUACCUUGCUCUACUCGACCGGGAACGCCGGCUCUUCCUUAGCAAUGCAUCUUCCAUGCUCAUACCAACUGGACGAUAGCUUCGAACGUUACAACCAUAACGGGGUUCGUUUGCGGCCCCCUACAGUGAGAUCGGCCAGGUCCACUAUGUUUGAUCGUCAGGCAUUUGAAGAGCCGGCAACUCAUCUCUCAAGAGCCGCAGAUCGUCAUGUCAGCUACUGGCUUACAUAUACGGAAGGGUUUCAAGAUAUAACCUAA